UCCUGCCGGCUCGCCGGGAGCCAGGAGUCUUCCCACACACAAGGCCACACGUGAAUGAGGAUCCUGUUCUUCCACCUGAGUUCUGCCUCGGCACCUAUGUCCUUGAGCCGACUGGACUUCCCGCCCUCAGCAGGCGACAGCAUGCGCGCACAUCAGGUGACGGUAUUCGUGGAAACUGGAAGCCACCACGGUCAGUCAGCUCCUUUACGAUGGGUGGGCCUGCUAAACGGAUGAUGCUGUUAAGCUACCCGGAUUCGUUUUCAUAACUCGGCAACUGGGCUGCGAGGAUCCAGGCUCCGUCCAUGGGGUAUUCCAAGGGCUACAGGAUUCUGGCUGUCGGGUUAGUCUUUCUGGUUUUGGUGUUGUAUCUCAUGAUGUCUUGGCCUGAACCCGUGACCCGUUGGAUCCCACAACCUCUUCCUGCCGCUGCAUAUGUCUCAGAGUCUGUCAACUGGGAUUCUCUCCCUCAAGAACUCACCAACCUGACCAGCCUUCUAUACUGGCCUCCAACUGGUGGGCACAACAGUGACUUUUUGGCCUCAACCAGCCCCAAAACCUCCACCUACCACCUGGUGGGUCCUGCCCAGGCCACCUAUAUUCUGGGAAGUAACCUAGAGGCCAUCCUUGUGGCUAGGGAUCACUGGGGUAGGCCCAAGGCUCAUGGUGGGGAUCUGUUUCGGGCACAGCUGCUGGGCCCGGAAGUGAAGGCAGGAGUCCCAGGGGAGGUGAAGGACCUGGAGAAUGGCACCUACCUCUUGUCCUUCCCCCUGCUCUGGGCUGGCAGGGCCCAGGUGCAAGUGCGGCUGAUCCACUCCAGCGAGGCAGUUGGGGUCCUGCGGAGAGUCUGGAGAGAAACACGGGCCACCGUGGAUUUUAGAGGGUAUUUCCAAGGAACGAAUGGCAUUCAAGAGGUUGUCACCUGCAACGUGGACCCCCAGUCGACUGGAGCCAGAGGGCCGACCUGCCAGUACAAGGAUGUGGUUUCUGGGGAGAUCUGGUUCUGUGCUCAGCCCCCAACUUUGCCCUGCAGUGCUUUAGUGGGUCACUCGAGUGGACGUUACCUGAAGGUGACCACACCAUAUGAUGAACUCCUGCUGGCUGGGAAUGUGACUGACCAGAAACUCCCUUCAGGCAUCCCUGCCUUCCUGGUCACACCAGCAGAGCCUGGAAACAGGAGUGAUAUGGCCUUGCCCUCCAGGCCGCCAUGCCGCCCUGGCCACUUGUCUCUAAAACCCUCUGGCUUCUACCACCAAGACCGAUGGCACUCGACGUUCUGUUCCAGCCGCUCCUUCCCCACUGCGGACAGCAUCCUGAGCUGCCUGGCUGGCCGCAUCGUCUACAUGAUGGGGGACUCCACCCUCCGGCAGUGGUGGGAGUAUCUGCGGGACACGGUGCCCUGUGAGCGAGCACGAGGGGAGCAUGCGUGCAGUCAGGGUGCAGAAGGCAGACGCAACGGUGCUGAGGGAGGCCCCGGCUUAGCGGACAGGCGGGGCAGGAUGCUGGUCUUCCUGAAGGCACCUGAGUGGAGGCCCCUGAAGCCAGUUGACCUCCAUGUCACAUAUCAGGCGGGCCCCCUGAUGGCUGUGGAGACAACUCGGGGGACAGUGUUGCACUGGAGGGCCCACAGCUGGCCCCUGCGCUCUCUCCGCACCCCAGUGGCCUCCCUGCACUCUGUGGCCAGAGAGCUCCAUGGCCUGGCUGGGGACCCCUACACGGUGGUGGUGCUGGGCAUGGGAGCCCACUUCACCACCUUCCCUCCAUCCAUCUUGGCUCGAAGACUAGCAGGCAUUCGGGAGGCUGUGAAAGCCCUGCUGGACCGGGCACCCAGCACCCUGGUCAUUAUCAAACUGGCCAACACUGGCUACAAGUCUGUGUAUGGCAGUGACUGGCUCACGCUCCAGGUGAACCGUUUGCUCCGAGCUGCCUUUGUUGGUCUUCGGGUGGCCUUUGUGGAUGCAUGGGAAAUGACCUCCAGCUUGGCUCUGCCAGACAGCAUCCACCCGGGGAGGCUCAUUGUCCGAAAUGAAGUGGACUUACUCCUUUCCUUCAUCUGCCCCACCUGAGUGCUCCUGAGGGACCUGGGGCUGGAUGGAAGGAGAGCCUGGGUGUGGCCACAAACAAACAAACAGCGAAUGAUGGGAAGCAGAAGCUACCCCUGCUUACCCACUAUAAAACUCUAGUCCCAUAUUUUAUGCACCACACAGAGAAAUCUAAUUUUAUAUAAAGGAGACAACGUUUUGCA